CUCCCAAAAUGACUAUUUCAUCUCUAACUUGCAUUAUCCUCCUGCUAGGAUCAUGCUGUUUUCUCAGCCAUGCCCAACAGUUUACCAGCCAAUGUGACAAGCCAAGGAAUGCAAAUCUACCAUUUUGCGACUCCAGCUUGCCCACAGAAGCUCGCGUGUCGGAUUUGAUCUUUCGCCUCACCUUGGCCGAGAAGAUUGGUCUGCUCGUUCACGAGACGGAGGGUGCCACUCAAAACGUGGAUCUGGACUCGUACAACUGGUGGAACGAGGGUCUCAAAGGAGUCGCCGAUGCGCCAGGGGCUCAUUUCCGACCCCCCACGGAAUACUCGACCGUGUUCCCACAACCCAUCAACCUUGCCUCCUCCUUCAGUAAAGAACUCUUCUUCCAAGUCGGCAACAUAACGGGGAACGAAGCAAGAGCAUUCUUCAACGUGGGGAAUGGAGGGCUGACGUACUGGUCACCAAACAUAAACAUCUACCGCGACCCCAGAUGGGGAGAGGGUGACGAAUCUGCAAAUGGAUUCCUCAAGACUUCCGCGUGCUGCAAACAUUUCGCCGCACACUCGCUGGAGAACGAUAGAUUCACCUUUGACGCUGUUGUCAACGAGCAGGACAUGGCGGACACGUACCUCCCCGUGUUCAGGAGUUGUGUACAAGAGUCGGACGUGAGCUGUAUCAUGUGUGCUUACUCGGCCAUUAACGGAAUCCCCGCCUGCGCAGAUAAAGGCCUACUGACCGACAAGAUCCGAGGGGAGUGGGGUUUCGAGGGCUAUAUCGUGUCCGACUGCGGGGCGGUCGACUUUGUCCAAAGGACCCACAACUACACCCAGUUCCCCAACGAGACCUGCCACGCCGUUCUAGACGCCGGGGUCGACAUCGAGUGCUACGCCUACAACGGUCCCUUCUUCACCCGCUACUUGGGAGACGCCGUGGCGGAAGGGGCAGUCACCCCGGCCAUGCUGGAUACCGCGCUCGCCAACGGGUUCAGGGUCCUCAUGCGGCUCGGAUACUUUGAAAAGAAUGCGACCCGUCCCUUCACCGACCUUCUGCCACCCAUCGUGGACAGCCAACCUCAUCGAGACGCCGCCUUGGCCGCGGCCCGACAAAGCACGAUGGCCUUGAUCGGACCACACCUGAACGCCUCGAGAGCCUUCUUGGCCAACUACCAUGGAAUUCCUUCCUCCAUCUCGACCCCAUUGAGUGCCAUCCGAGCCUCCUUUCCCAACGCCCAGUACGAAUUCGGCUGCGACUUGAUAUCCACAACGAACCCGCAUUUGGAUGAGGCCGCCGCCCUGGCCGCGAUCUCCUCCCCCAUCGUUCUCUUUGUGGGGAUCAACGCUGCGCAGUUUGAGGAGGAGGGGGUCGAGUAUGAAGAGCAUGACAGGUUAAACUUGACCCUGACAGGGUUGCAGCCUGAACUCAUCCGAACUGUCCUAGCCGCCGCGAGGGAGCCCGUGAUCCUCUUCGUGGUCUCGGGUGGCGUGGUGGACCUGUCCGAGUGGAAGGAUGAUCCCCGAGUGGGAGCCAUCAUCUGGGCGGGAUAUCUGGGGCAGGCGGGCGGAGAGGCGAUAGCAGACGUCCUUUUCGGCCGGUACAAUCCGUCGGGACGCCUGGCACAAACGUUCUACUCGAACGAAGUGAUCACCCAGUUUGAGAAGUAUGAUAUGAACAUGCGCCCCACGGAGGGAACGUCGACGGGGAGGACGUAUCGUUUUUACGAGGGGACGCCCGUCUAUCCAUUCGGGUUCGGAUUGUCCUACACAACCUUCGGGUAUAGCAUUCUUAACUUGCCCCCUAUCCUUGAAAUACCGACGAUCGGAGGAGUGGAUCAAGACUGCGCAGUGAUGGUCACUCUGGCCGUGAGGAACGUGGGGGUGACUGCGGGGGAUCACUCGGUCCUCUGGUUUCUCGCCCCACCCAACGCAGGACAGGGAGGAAGACCAAUUAGGGAUUUGCUCGAUUUUGAAAAACUGGAGAAUAUUUCAGCGAAUGAGGUGAGGGAGGCAAACCUUUGUCUGAAUCGGGACCACUUCGUCCUGGCGAAUGAGGCAGGGGAGUGGGAAGUUGUUCCAGGGGACUGGACCCUGCAGGUGGGACAAUUGGAGAGAGUUAUUCGUGUUGCCGUUUAA